GUAGCAUAUGAGAAAGUGUGUUCCCUGCUACAGGAAAGUGAAAUGUGAAAAGUUUGAAGUAAAUUUCCACCAAAACAAAUAAAACUGCUCACUUUUCUUAUGACAUCAAAAAUUCAGCAUGAGUCAUAAUGAAGUGAAACCAAGUGGUUUUCUUCCUGUACUUCUUUUGGUCUCUUAUUGUGGAGUUCUGAAUGUGAAUGCCGAUGAAGUGUAUGUAUCAGCGUUGGGCGAUCCUGGAAUGAGAAGAGAUAGUCUAAGAUUGGCAAUUGAGUCAUGGAAUCAGUGCAAUGAGGUUGGAGAAGAGGUUCCCCAUAUGGGAAGUCCAAGAGCUGCUGAUUGCUUCGACAUAAAUGAAGCUUCUCUGACAACAGAUGAAGAGAAAAAAUUGGCAUACACGUUGGCUCACAUGGUUACAGAAGAGGACAACAAGCUAGGGGUUGGAGAACCAUUCCCUGAGAUGGAACCAAAGGCCGUUAAUGAUGUCGAUCUCUAUGCUGCUGAGAAGGAACUCUAUUUAGGCCGCAAAUGUGAAGUUGAAGACACACCAAGGCCAUGGCAAUUCUGGAUGAUCAUGCUCAAGAGUGGUAACAUGGACACUUAUGCAGCUAAAUGCCCCAAAAAUGGUCAUAAAGUUGGACCAUUUGGCCCUGAUAUGUCCUUCCCAUGCUUUGGAAAAGGUUGCAUGAACCAACCACAAAUUUUACAUGACUACACCACAUUACGGGGUCCUAAUUUUACUACUCUUAAUGGAAGGUUUUAUGGGUCAUGGGACUUGAAUGCUGAUUUGAGUCAAGGAUUGGUGGGGAAUAUUUCUUACCAUUCUGUGACGUGGCAGAAGGAAAUUGGAGAAGGAAGUUGGGUUUUUCAUCAUUUCUUAAGGACUUCAACAAAGUAUCCAUGGUUGAUGCUUUACUUCAGAUCAGAUGCCACAGAUGGAUUUUCUGGAGGGUACCAUUACCCUACAAGGGGAAUGUCCAAAAUUAUUCCCGAGUCACCAAAUUUUAAAGUGAGGUUCACUUUGAAUGUAAUCCAAGGUGGGGGUCCUAACAGCCAGUUCUACCUAAUUGACAUAGGUAGUUGUUGGAAGAACAAUGGAGAGCCUUGUGAUGGAAAUGUAACUUCAGACGUUACCCGAUACAGCGAAAUGAUUAUCAAUCCAACCACGACAGCAUGGUGUCAUCCGGACAACCUCAACGUCUGCCCACCUUACCACACAUUCCCUGACGGGACUCGAGUUUAUCGCAAUGACACUGCCCACUUCCCUUAUGCAGUUUAUCACUUGCACUGCUCUCCAGGAAAUGCAGAGCAUUUAGAGGAGCCUUAUAGCUUGUGUGAUCCAUACAGCAAUCCUCAGCCUCAGGAGAUAACGCAAAUAUUGCCACAUCCAGUUUGGGGUGAAUAUGGUUACCCUACUAAACAAGGGGAGGGGUGGAUUGGUGAUCCAAGGACUUGGGAGUUGGAUGUUGGGAGGUUGUCAGAGUCACUGUACUUUUAUCAGGAUCCAGGGACUCCAGCAGCAGGAAGGCAGUGGAUGUCUGUUGAUUUGGGGACAGAGAUUUUUAAAGACCCUGAUCAGAUUGCUGAAUGGAGUGUUAGUGAUUUUGACAUCCUUUUACCCAAUAAGACAUGAUACUUUGAACUUGUGACUGGUUUCAGGCAGAAGUGCUUGAGGUUUUAAAAAUUAGAAUCUCUUGCUUUUUUUGCUGUUUCAUUUGCUUAAACAUGUAUGAACAUAUACUCUUCUCUUAAAUGACUUGAGUAAUUGUAAUUUAGUAGAACAAAUUUGAGGUCA